AUGAUAAAUAAAUUUUUUCCUAUUCGUAAAACUCAUCCUUUAUUUAAAAUUAUUAAUAAUUCUUUAAUUGAUUUACCUUCCCCCUCAAAUAUUUCAUCAUGAUGAAAUUUUGGCUCUUUAUUAGCUUUAUGUUUAAUUAUUCAAAUCCUAACAGGAUUAUUUUUAACUAUAUAUUAUACAGCAAAUAUUGAAUUAGCUUUUUAUAGAGUCAAUUAUAUUUGCCGAAAUGUGAACUAUGGUUGAUUAAUUCGUACCUUACAUGCCAAUGGAGCUUCUUUUUUUUUUAUCUGUAUUUACCUUCAUAUUGGACGAGGAAUCUAUUAUGAAUCUUUUAAUUUAAAAUAUACUUGAAUAGUAGGAAUUAUUAUUCUUUUUAUUUUAAUAGCAACAGCUUUUAUAGGAUAUGUUUUACCUUGAGGACAAAUAUCUUUUUGAGGAGCUACAGUAAUUACUAAUUUACUUUCAGCUAUUCCAUAUUUAGGAUCUAUAUUAGUUAAUUGAAUUUGGGGGGGAUUUGCAAUUGAUAAUGCAACUCUAACACGAUUUUAUUCAUUUCAUUUUCUUUUCCCAUUUAUUAUUUUAAUAUUAACUAUAAUUCAUUUAUUAUUUUUACAUCAAACAGGAUCUAAUAAUCCAUUAGGAAUAAAUAGUAAUCUAGAUAAAAUUCCUUUUCACCCAUUUUUUACAUUUAAAGACUUAAUUGGAUUUAUUUUAUUAUUAUCAUUAUUAAGAAUAUUAACAUUAACUAAUCCUUACUUAUUAGGAGAUCCUGAUAACUUCAUUCCUGCUAAUCCCUUAGUAACUCCUAUUCAUAUUCAACCUGAAUGAUACUUUUUAUUUGCUUAUGCUAUUCUUCGUUCUAUUCCCAAUAAAUUAGGAGGAGUUAUUGCUUUAGUUAUAUCUAUUUUAAUUUUAAUUAUUUUACCUUUAACUUUCAACAAAAAAAUUCAAGGAAUUCAAUUUUAUCCUCUUAACCAAAUAUUAUUUUGAAUUAUAGUCUCUACAAUUAUUCUUUUAACUUGAGCAGGAGCUCGACCGGUUGAAGAACCUUAUAUUAUUACAAGACAAAUUUUAACUUUAUUAUAUUUUUCUUAUUUUAUUAUUAAUCCAAUUAUUAGAAAAUAUUGAGAUAAUUUAAUUUUUAAUUAA